AUGGCUACCCCUAGUGUCCUAGCUUUUGACGCAGAGGGUCGCGCCAUUGAUUUUGAGGUCUGGUUAGACGACCUGCAGCUGUUCUUACAGUGCGACAGGGCUGACGACCUUUCUCUCUUUGAUCUCACCUCUGGCGCCUCUCCUGCUCCUGCUGCUGAUGCUGAUCCCGCUGUCCGCUCUAAGUGGGCCACCCGCGAUGCUGCUGCACGUCUUGCUGUGCGUCGCCACCUCCCUACCUCUGAGCGUGCGCACUUUAGUCAGUACAAGAGUGCUCAGACCUUGUACGACGCUGUAGUUGCGCGCUACUCCUCCCCUGCCACUGCUGCACUGAGCCGUCUCAUGCUUCCCUACCUCUUUCCUGACCUCUCUGCCUUUCCCACUGUCGCUGACCUCAUUACGCACCUCCGCACUAGUGACACUCGCUACCGCGCCGCCCUUCCUGCUGAGUUCUGCGCUAAGAACCCCCCCCCCAUGUACAUCGCUCUCUACUACGUAGUCGCGCGCCUCCCUGACUCCCUUCGAUUCGUCAGGGACCACUUUCUCGCAGUCUGUCCCACCACCCUCACCGUCGACCUCCUCGAGAAGGCCCUCCUCGCAGCGGAGAAGAGCAUCGUCGCUGUAGGUGCUUCUCGUGGUGACCCUCGCACCCCCAUCUUUGAGGGGUGCUCUCCUUCCCCCUUGCUGCCCUCUGUUGCCUCUGCUGCUGCUGCCGACCUGCUUGGUCUUGAGUCGGUCGGCGCGGCGUCUGCCCCUAGUGGGAGACGUCGCUUCAGCAAGGGCAAGGGGGGCAAGGGCGCGGGUGGAGCUGGAGGGGGCGGUGGCGGUGGCGGCGGUGGCGGCGGAGGGAGUGGGGGUGGCGGCGGGACUAGUGGCGGGGGUGGUGGUGGUGGUGGCAGCAGCGGCGGAGACGGUGGUGGUGGUGCCAGCGGUGGUGGUGGAGGCAGCGGCGGAGGUGGAGGCGGCGGAGGUGGAGGCGGUGGAGGCGGCAGCGGAGGAGGCAGUGGUGGUGGAGGGGGUGGAUCUGGUCGGGGUGGUACCCAGCAGCGUAGCGGCGGUGGUGGUGGCCAGCGCUCGCAGCGGCAGCAGCAGCAGCGCUCUCGGGACAUCCCUUCGCCUCAGCAGCUUCGUGAGUGGUACGCUGGGCGUCAGAGGGGUGGGGGUACUGGUCCCUGCACCUACGUUCUUCGUUCCGGCGACCGCGCGGGUGAGCAGUGUGGGGGUGCCCACGCCACCCAGCGCUGCUUUGGCCGCCUGACGGACGCCUGGCGUCAGCAGUUCCCUAGGGCUAGUGAGAUCCCUCGCUGGGAUGAGCUUCUCAGGGCUGGUGUAGCGAUCUUUGAUCUUGAUUUUGAUGCUAUCCUUACUGCUAUGUAUGUUGUGGAUUAUAGUGAGGAGAAUGAGGGUUACCGCUGUUUCCAGCCCGACCCGGGCAUUGGUACUGCUGCGCUGGGUGCUUGUGAGGCUGCUGCUCUAGGUGCCAGUGCGUCUGCGCUCUCAAGUACUGGUGAGACUGCGCUCUCAAGUACUGAGUCGUCCUCGUCCUCCCUCACUUUCACACUUGACUCCGGAGCUUCUCGCUCCUUCUUUCGAGACCGCACUACCCUUACGCCGCUCGGCCGGCCUGUUGCAGUCUCCCUUGCUGACCCCUCUGGGGGUCCUGUCCUGUCUCACUUCUCCACUGUCCUCCCGUGUCCGGCUGCCCCUUCGGGCACCCUGUCGGGUCUGUACCUUCCCUCGUUCUCUACGAACUUGGUGAGUGGAGCGGACCUGCAGGAUGUGGGUGUUCACCAGUUCACUCCUGCGAGUCAGCGGGUGACCCACUGCACGGAGGCACGCACAGGCCGACACCUGGCCACGUUCUCGCGUCGGCCGGGGUCGAGUCUCUACACCCUGACCGUUGAGUCUCCUCCUGUCCCUGCGUCUGGUCAGGUGGCUGCGUCGGGUCAGGUACUUGCUGCUGCGUCCCGGUCAGGUCCUGAGUCUGCCCCCUGUUCUUGUCGCCUCCUGUCUCACGAGACUCUCCUGUGGCACCACCGUCUUGGCCACCCCUCCUUGCCCCGUCUUCGGAGCAUGGCUUCCCGUGUCCUUGUCUCUGGUCUUCCCCAGUCUCUCCCUCCUCUCCCCUCCGGGCCAGGACCUUCCUGUGUCCCCUGUGUCGAGGGUCGCCUCCGGGCUACUCCUCACUCCUCCCACUUCCCCCCGACAGAGGCUCCCCUGCAGACGCUUCACAUGGAUGUGUGGGGCCCAGCCCCCGUCCGUGGGCAGGGUUACGAGCGCUACUUCCUGUUGGUGGUUGACGACUACUCGCGUUACACCACAGUCCUCCCCUUGCGCAGCAAGGGUGCGGUCACUGAGGUGCUGAUCGACUGGAUCCGCGAGGCUCGUCUUCAGCUCAGGAAGAGCUUCGGCUCGGACUUUCCUGUUCUGCGUCUGCACUCUGACAGAGGCGGAGAGUUCUCUUCUCGCCUUCUGCGAGACUACUGUCGUGCACGGGGGAUCCGCCAGACCUUCACGCUUCCGGACUCACCACAGCAAAAUGGGAUUGCUGAGCGCCGCAUUGGCAUGGUCAUGGAUGUCGCUCGUACGUCCAUGAUGCAUGCGGCUGCCCCCCAUUUUCUGUGGCCGUUUGCGGUGAGGUACGCGGCGCAUCAGCUCAACCUUCACCCCCGGGUCUCUCGGCCUGCGAUGUCCCCAGUCUUGCUGUGGACGGGGAAGGUUGGCGAUGCGUCUGUGUUCCGUGUCUGGGGAUCUCGGGCGUUUGUCCGCGACUUGUCUGCGGACAAGCUGUCCCCUCGUGCUGCUCCCUGUGUCUUCCUUGGCUUCCCCACUGACGCCCCAGGGUGGCAGUUUUACCACCCCUCCUCUCGUCGUGUUCUGUCCUCCCAGGACGUCACGUUCGACGAGUCAGUCCCCUUCUACCGUGUGUCCCAGGUAGACGCCGUUGACCCGGUCGAGGUUACUGGUGACUCUGGUGCUGCUGCGGGUGCUGAGCCUGGGGGUGCUGACUCUGGGGGUACUGUGCGCGGGGGUGCUGAGCCUGGGGGUGCUACUGCUGGGGGUGCUGGGCCUGAGGGUGCUACUGCGGUGGGUGCGGAGCCUGGGGGUGCUGAGCCGGGGGGUGCUGUGCCUGGAGGUGCUGGGUCUGGGGGUGCUGGGUCGGGAGCUGCUGAGCCUGGGGGUGCUGAGCUGGGAGCUGCUGAGCCUGGGGGUGCUGCGUCUGGAGCUGCUGAGCCUGGGGUUUCUCCUGCUGCUGCGUCUCGCCGGGAGCCCCUCUCUCCACAGGAGCUGCGCGAGUGGUUUGCUCGCCGCUGGAGGCGUGCUGCUGAGUCUGGAGGUGCUGCUGGAGCUGGAGCUGGAGCUUCUUCGACCGUCGAGGGUGCGGGUGCUGCCGGUCCCGGAGCUACUGGACCUGCGGGUCCUCCUGGAGCUGGAGCUGCUGAGGGCGUUCGUGCUGAGCCUGCUGCUGUUGGUCCUGCCGCUGGAGGUGUGGGUGGCGCUGGUGCUGUCGCUGAGGGUGCUGGUGCUGUCCCUGCUGAGUCUGGAGCUGCCGCGCGGCCUCGGCCGUACUUCGUUCCGCUCCUGCAGCAGGUUCUUGGUCUUUCUCCUCCAGUAGAGGGUCCACCGCCUGUCCAGUCGCAGUCCCUACUGGAGCCUUCCUCUCCACUGCCUGCUCCCUCUCCUUACACUGGUCCUACUGGAGGUCUUGCUGAGCGUCGUGAGCCUGCGUCUCGUCCCGCGUCGCCUGUUCGUGCUGCUCGCGCUAGUGGUCGCAGUUCGCGUCAGCGUCCUCCUCCUGUCCCUGGCACGCACCGGAUGUCUCUGCGUCCGUCCACUGCUCCUCUGCGUGCCCCUUUGCCUUCUCCUCCUGAGUCCUCUCUUCCUGCGCUUGCCGACCCUGAGUCGGACUCUCUUCGUGCUGCCAGUCCCACUGUCACGCGUCUGCUUGCUACUGUCGUCACUGACCCCUCUUUUGAGUCCACUGCUGCGUCUGCUCUAGUCACUGAGCUCGUCGACUUUGCUGCUCGCUGUCGUCUCGACUACGCUGCUAGUCUUGUUGCUGAGUCUGCGUCUGUCUGUCCUCCGUCCGUCGGGGGUGAGUGUGCUCUUGGCACGGACGUCCUAGAGGACAGGCAGGAGGAGUUACAGUGUCUAGCGGCUGCUUCACCUCAUCUCGCGUCUGUACUGCUUGCCCCUGAGGGAGACCCGGAUGCACUAGACAUCCCGACUCCGCGUUCUUACGCGGAGGCCGUAGAGGGUCCCUACUCCUCUCAGUGGCAGGCAGCUAUGGAUGCAGAGAUGGCUUCCUGGAAGUCCACAGGCACCUACGUUGACGCGGUUCCCCCUCCUGGGGCGAACAUCGUCAGUGGCAUGUGGAUCUUCAGGGUGAGGCGGCCGCCGGGCUCUCCACCUGUCUUCAAGGCACGGUACGUUGCUCGUGGCUUCAGUCAGCGGCAGGGAGUUGACUACUUUCAGACCUUCUCUCCCACCCCGAAGAUGACUACUCUUCGGGUGCUGCUGCACAUAGCCGCUCAGCGCGACUACGAGCUUCACUCUCUCGACUUCAGCACUGCGUUCUUGCAGGGUAGCCUGCACGAGGAGAUCUGGCUUCGCCGUCCACCUGGCUUCACUGGGACUUUCCCUCCUGGCACCCAGUGGAGCCUCCGACGGCCAGUCUACGGUCUCCGCCAGGCACCGCGUGAGUGGCACGACACACUGAGGACUACGCUUGCGGCUCUUGGGUUUGCUCCUUCUACUGCUGACCCGUCGCUGUUUCUUCGCACCGACACUUCCCUGCCGCCGUUCUACAUCCUCGUGUACGUCGACGACUUGGUCUUUGCCACAGCGGACACUGCUGGACUCGCCUACGUGAAGUCCGAGCUGCUGAAGAGACACACGUGCACAGACCUGGGUGAACUGCGCAGCUACCUUGGCUUGCAGAUCACUCGGGACAGAGCACGCCGCACCAUUACCUUGACUCAGUCACACAUGGUGCAGCAGGUCCUUCAGCGCUUCGGCUUCACGUACUCCUCGCCUCAGGCCACUCCUCUGCCUACUCGCCACUCACUCUCAGCUCUGCCUUCGGAUGAGUCCGUAGAGUCGAGUGGUCCGUAUGCAGAGCUUGUUGGCUGCCUCAUGUACCUGAUGACCUGCACACGACCUGACCUUGCAUACCCUCUGAGCAUUCUUGCACGCUAUGUUGCUCCUGGGAGACACAGACCGGAGCACAUGGCUGCAGCCAAGAGGGUAUUGCGCUACCUGUGCAGUACGUCGGGCAUGGGGCUAGUGCUUGGAGGGCGGAGUCCAGUGGUCCUUACCGGCCACGCGGACGCUUCUUGGGCUGACGACCAGGCUACGCAGCGGCCGUCACAGGGUUACACCUUCAGCCUUGGUUCCGGCUCUGUCUCGUGGCGGUCUACUCGCUCGUCUUCGGUUCUCGGCUCCAGUUGUGAGGCUGAGAUCUACGCCGGGGCCAUGGCUGCACAGGAGCUUCGCUGGCUCACCUACCUGCUGACUGACCUUGGAGAGCCGCCUCGUUCUCCUCCAGUGCUGUACGUAGACAACAAGGCUAUGCUGGCCUUGUGUCGAGAGCAGCGCUUGGAGCACAGAACGAAGCACAUUGCUCUCCGCUACUUCCUUGCUUGUGAGCUGCAGCAGCGUGGUCAGUUGCGACUUGCGUACGUGGCCUCUGAGGCCAACACUGCUGAUGUGUUCACCAAGGCACUCGCGCCUUGUGACCAUCAGCGCUUUUGCACCCAGCUGGGUCUUGUGCCUGUCUUGCCUCACUUGCUCUCCUCUUGA